AUGGACAGUGCUUACAAGCGAGAGCUCUCUGUAGCCAUCGGAGCUUUGCAAAAGGCGGCUCAGGUGAGCCAGUCAAUUGUCGCCAACAAGGAUAAGGGCGCCAUCGAGAAGGAUGACUUGAGCCCUGUGACAGUCGCCGACUUUGCAGUCCAGGCUCUUCUUACAGCAACUAUCAAGAAUGCGUUUCCUGAGGAUAGAGUGGUUGGAGAGGAGGAUGCGUCGGACUUGAGACAGAACUCUGUGCUUAUGGAGCGCGUGUGGGACCUGCUAAUGCGUAUUGCUGGAGAUGAGGAUACGCCUUCUUUGUGCCAGCUACCUCCAACACGAGAGCAGAUGUGCGAUCUUAUCGAUGAGUGCGGAGCUAGCAGCCCUGCUUCGACUGGACGCACCUGGGUGUUUGAUCCCAUCGACGGAACCAAGACAUAUCUCAAGGGUCAGCUUUAUGCUAUCAACAUGGCUCUCCUGGUGGAUGGAGAACAGGUCGUUGGGAUUGUUGGCGCGCCGAAUCUUUCAAUUGAUGCGAAAGCGCCUCUCAAAAAUGAGGAUGUUGACCUCAAGGGCGAAGGAUGCAUUUUCUUCGCUGUCAAGGACCAUGGUUCAUACAUUCGACCCCUUGGCUCCGAUCAACCCAGGCGACUAUCCCCUCAUGCCGCCAACCAACAAGUCAGCUUUGUCACAAGCUCAACAGUUGAUUCAGCACUUGACGGCGUCCACGAAGUCGUCGCAUCACGUCUCAACGCUGAGUAUCCAGGCAAUGACCUCCUUCCAUGGGUUCUCCGCUGGGCGGUCUUGGCUAUGGGCCUCGGUAACACGACAGUCUGGGUAUACAAACGCCGUGACCGCUACGCUAAAGCAUGGGACCAUGCAGGAGCUAUGCUUCUGUUUGAAGAAGCUGGUGGAAAGAUCACAGAUGUGCAUGGGAAGAGGAUUGACUUGACAGCUGGGAGGAAGAUUAGCGCAAACUUUGGCUUCGUGGCAGCGCCGCCAGACAUUCAUGAACGGGUAUUGCAAACUGUGCAUGACGUCCUGAAGGAGCAGGGCAAAGAGGAAUUUUUGAGCUAG